AUGCCCGAGCUUAAGCUCGAGACUGGGAACACUGAGGAGCAGUGGGCGAUGCUCAGUGCGCUCGCGCAUACGACCGCGGCCGCGCCGGCGGCCAAGCAGUCUCCGACUGCCGACCAAAUUGUCGGGGAGUUUGUCGCUGCGCUCGCCGCCAAGCAGCCGACGCCCGGCGGCGGCGCUGCGGCUGCCGUCGGCGCGGCCGUCGGUGCAGCCGCCGCGGCGAUGGCCGCCGCGUACACGACACGGAAGAAGGACCGCGAGUCUGGCGCCGCAGCAGCGGCAGAGGCCCUGAUUGCAACGCUGGACACGGCAGCGGUGCUGGCGGCGGCGGACGCGGACGCCGUGGCGUACGCCGACCUGCAGCGCUCGUGGAAGGACGCGGACAUGUCGGCCGAGGAGAAGGCCGCGGUGGAGGCACGCGCGCUGGCGGUGCCGGUCCAGCUGGUCGAACGGUGCCACGCGUACGUGCUCGCCAUCCAAGCCUUCCUCCCCUCGUGCAACCCAAACAUCACCUCGGAUGCAAAGGCGGCCCUCACCGCUCACCACUCACCCUCUGCCCGGCCCUCAGUGACUCCCGCCCCCACCACGCCCCUCGCAAAGGUUGGUAUCCACCAGCUCGCGGGCGCGGCGCGAGCAGCCUUCCAGACGGCGCUCGUCAACUCUCCGCCGGCCGCCGAGCGCGAACGGCUGCGCGGGCUGCUGCGCGAGAUGCGGGAGGUCGAGGAGGCGCUGCUCGAGGGCGAGGCGUGUCCGUGA